AAAAAAAAAAAAAGUCAACUUAAACUCCCAUCUUGUAGGAUAAACAGAAUAAAAUAAGAGGAAUAUGGAAAUGGGACAAUUACAGGGCAAGACUCCUUAGCCAACUUCAAGAACCAAGAACUAAUGAUGAUAAGAAUUGACAACCCCAAAUCUGAUCGUAUCAUCAUGUUUUGCUUCGUUCCGAUGGUAUCUUGUUGGACAUAAUUCAAAAGAUUUGUGCAGGUUGAAUUUAAUAAUGAAAGCAAAGAUGAAGUAAUCUGGAUUCUUUCGUUAGUUUAUGGGGAAUCAGUGUGCAAACCGUGUACCGUGAGAGUUUUAUGUUUUAACAGUGUCAUGAUUGAUUUUAAAGCCUUGCUUGUUUGAGCUGUGAAAGUUGUAAUGGAUUAGAAUAGUGAAACUUGGUGAGGAUGGAUUUGACCAAGUGGCAACUAGAGAAGAAAACAAUAAAGAAGUUGGGUAGAAAAUUCGGUCUGGAUUACUAUAAAUAAACAGAGGUUAUGGUUUAUGCAUAAAGAAAGUUCAAAACCAGCUCCAGGCUUUUCCUGAGUGUAUGUGUAGAGAAUUCGGCUAAUCCAUCUUCUUAUACCAAACAUGUCUGAGAUUGAAUCUAAACAUUAUGACUGUGGCACAUUGCUACUUGGCCUCACCACCUCGAGCCUCAGCAGGGCACAGAGGCGGUGGCGAAUGGCCUAUGCAGCAAUCUAUUCUAUCAGGGUAAUGAUUUCUCUUGGCAAAGAGAUUGUGUCCAGAAAAAUUACCCAAGAUUCCCCCAUCUUGUGCGUUAAUUCCUAUACACUUCUGGAUGUUGAACCACCUUCUUCAUACCCUGGCGGCAGUAAAGAAUCUGCAUCGUCUUUCUCAUUUGUCACCAGCAUUGAUAAGAUGAAGCUCACAGAGUUGGUCAAAGAGAAAGACUUAGCUUCUUUCCGGCAACUUGGAGGAGUUGAAGGCAUAGCCGUGGCUCUUCAGACAAAUCCAGACAAUGGAAUCCGCGGCAAUGAUAGUGAAAUUACCAGGCGGCAUGAGCUGUUUGGUUCCAACACCUACCAUAAGCCACCUCCAAAAGGCCUGUUGUUCUUUGUAUUGGAAGCUUUUAAAGACACCACCAUUUUGAUCCUACUUGUUUGUGCCGCCCUCUCUCUUGGGUUUGGCAUCAAAGAACAUGGAGCAAAAGAAGGAUGGUAUGAAGGUGGGAGUAUCUUUGUAGCUGUUUUCCUCGUGGUCGUUGUCUCUGCAUUUAGCAACUUCAGGCAGGAGACUCAGUUCGACGACAGCCUCUUGUUUUCUGGGGCAAAGGUGGUAGAUGGGUAUGCUCGAAUGCUAGUUGCAUCCGUGGGAAUGAAUACUGCAUGGGGAGAAAUGAUGAGCUCAAUAACUAGUGAUUCCAAUGAACGGACACCAUUACAAGCUCGGCUUGAUAAGCUAACAUCUUCUAUUGGAAAAGUGGGCCUAUCAGUUGCUUCCCUUGUUCUUGUUGUCAUGUUGGUCCGUUAUUUCAGUGGAAAUACAACAGAUGACAACGGCAAUAAGGAGUUCAAUGGCAGCAAAACAAGUGUAGAUGAUGUGUUCAAUGCCGUUGUACGCAUUGUUGCUGCUGCAGUCACUAUUGUGGUGGUAGCAAUCCCAGAGGGUCUGCCACUGGCUGUCACUCUCACGCUUGCUUACUCCAUGAAGAGAAUGAUGGCAGAUCAGGCAAUGGUCAGAAAACUUUCAGCUUGUGAGACAAUGGGCUCAGCCACCGUUAUCUGUACUGACAAAACAGGAACCUUGACACUAAAUCAGAUGAAAGUGACCAAAUUUUGGCUCGGCCAGGAUUCAAUAAAUGAAGAUUCCUACAACAUGAUUUCCCCAAGUAUUCUUGAGCUAUUUUACCAAGGUGUUGGUCUAAACACAACCGGUACUGUUUGCAGAUCUGCCUCAGGGUCUAUACCUGAGUUUUCUGGCAGUCCAACUGAAAAGGCUAUUCUUUCUUGGGCUGUUUUGGAGUUGGGUAUGGUUAUGGAAAAAAUGAAGCAAGGCUACACUAUUCUCCAUGUAGAAACCUUCAACUCAGAGAAGAAACGGAGUGGGGUUUCAAUAAAGAGAAAGGGUGAUGAUACUGUUCAUGUACACUGGAAAGGAGCAGCUGAGAUGAUUCUAGCAAUGUGCUCGCAGUAUUAUGAUAGUGAUGGGCUCAUAAAGUCCAUGGAGGAAACUGGAAGGAGAAAAUUUGAACAAAUAAUCCAAGGUAUGGCAGCUAGUAGUCUUCGGUGCAUUGCCUUUGCCUAUAAGCAAAUUUCAGAUGAACCAGAAUGCAGAAACAACGAGACCCAGCCAAGGCUGAGAGAAGAAGGCUUGACUUUGAUGGGGAUAGUUGGUCUAAAAGAUCCAUCCCGACCAGGGGCCAGGAAAGCCGUGGAGGCUUGCAAAUAUGCUGGAGUAAGUGUCAAAAUGAUAACCGGAGACAAUGUUUUCACAGCCAAAGCUAUAGCCGCGGAAUGUGGAAUCCUGGGGCCUGAUGGCCAAGAAGAAAAAGGGGAGGUGGUCGAAGGCAUCGAAUUCAGAAAUUACACAGAUGAAGAGAGGAUGCAGAAAGUUGAAAAGAUACGGGUGAUGGCAAGGUCCUCUCCAUUUGACAAGCUUUUAAUGGUACAAUGUUUGAAACAGAGAGGUCAUGUGGUUGCAGUAACUGGAGAUGGCACAAAUGAUGCUCCUGCAUUAAAAGAAGCUGACAUAGGACUAUCCAUGGGCAUUCAAGGCACAGAGGUAGCUAAGGAAAGCUCAGACAUUGUCAUUUUGGAUGAUAACUUCACUUCAGUUGCUACUAUCUUGCGGUGGGGAAGGUGUGUUUAUAACAAUAUACAAAAAUUCAUUCAAUUUCAAUUGACUGUGAAUGUUGCCGCCCUUGUGAUCAAUUUCAUAGCAGCAGUAUCUGCUGGUGAAGUUCCUCUAACCGCAGUUCAAUUGUUGUGGGUAAAUCUCAUAAUGGACACACUGGGUGCUCUGGCUCUGGCUACAGAUCGACCUACUGAUGAACUGAUGAAAAAGCCACCUGUAGGUCGGACAGAGCCCCUAAUAACAAACAUCAUGUGGAGGAAUCUCCUAGCUCAAGCCCUAUAUCAGAUAAUCAUCCUCUUGGUCUUGCAGUUUAAGGGUGAGUCUAUCUUCAAUGUGGGUGAGAAGGUAAAUGAUACCCUGAUUUUCAAUACUUUCGUUCUAUGUCAAGUUUUCAAUGAGUUCAAUGCGAGGAAAUUGGAGAAGAAAAAUGUAUUCAGAGAUGUUCACAAGAAUCGAUUAUUUCUUGGAAUAGUGGGCGUAACAAUACUUCUUCAGGUUGUGAUGGUAGAGUUCCUGAAAAAAUUUGCUGAUACAGAGAGGCUAAAUGGAUGGCAAUGGGCAGCUUGUAUUGUACUUGCAGCUAUAUCGUGGCCAAUUGGUUGGUUUGUGAAGUUCAUACCAGUUCCAGAAAAACCAUUCUUCAGUUACCUGAAGAGAAUAAGAUUCAUAACCGUAUGGUUCAAGCGGGCCCUGUGCCGCAAACAGCCCUCUUCUUUAGAAAGUGGAAUCGGACAUCGAUGAAGAUAUGGCUUUAAAAUGACAACGGAGUUGUAGUGCAGCCGAGCCAUGAACAACCUUGAUAUGUAACUACGCAAACAAAACCAAUUGGCCAUCCAUGAGAAAGCUUUAAUCACAACCAUCUCUCAGAUACCUCAAGGAGCUAAGAUUCUACAACCAGGUUAAUCAGCUAAAACUAGACAGAACAGUCUUGUUCCGAGCCUCUCUCAACACUAUGCACAUAGAGAGUCAUAUCUUUGUGGAGCUCACGACAAAGAACAACACUCAGUACUAAAAGCAAAGAUUGUUGAUCACUGAAAUCUUUAUGGACAUGAAUCUGGCACAAAUGAAUAUGUGAAAUGAGAUAAGGCUUUGGUCAGUUGAAUCCCAAUGCUUUCAGGAAGCCCAGUGCUUUUGGCAUUCUAGACAUGUCUUGAGGCUUCCCUAAAACUCUUCAACCUUCCUGUCAAGGAAUGACAGUUGCAGCAACAGAGAAAAGAGAGAAAUUUCAUAAUAAUUAUUUAGAUUUGUUUUCAUGGCUGGUUACAUGUCCUUUUGACUUAUAUCAUCUGAAUGUAUACUAGGAUCUUAUCCAACAAAUUUUCAGAGGAUACUUGAAGGGGAAAAUGCAACAACCUCAGAUGGUGGGUGUCAAGAAUAAUGCUGUGAUCAGCUGUCAAGAAACAACCAAGAGAACACCACAUCACAUAAUCCUGCAGAACAGAACACCAGCAAGCACAAAAUCCUCAACCUGCAACGGCAACCUGCAUAGGACAAAAAUCUGCAACCUGAAUAGGACAAGAAACAGCCAAGGGAACAGCACAAAAUCCUCAACCUGCACCUGCAACCUGCAUAGGACAAAAACCUGCAAUCUGCACAGCCUUGUAGCAGAUAAAAAUUUAUUGUAACGAAUUUUCUUUUUGUUAACAGCUGUAGUUCCUUUAUUGGAACAUCUGUAAAAAGUCUUGAUUGGUUGCAAAUUUUUAUAAAUUAAAAACUUUUCAUCUCAGGAAAGCAAGCUGAGAAUUGUCCA